AUGGGGAGAGAGGCGGCGAUCGAGUACCUGGCGAUGAAGACAGACGGCGCCGUCAGCGGGGAGAGGCUGAUCCAGUCCGAUCUCCGCGAGCUCGGAGCGGCAGCGGCUAACCUCGCCUCCCACGCCAUCAUCCUCACGAGUAGCCUAGGGUUCGGCACGACCUUCUUCAAAUUCCUCGCCUCCGUUGCCGCAAUGUAAGGACCUGGUAGCAUCUCUCUCUCUCUCUCUCUCUCUCUCUCUCUCCCUUUCUCUCUCUCUCGCUCUCGCUCUCUUCAUCACAGUCAUGGACGUGCCACAGAAAUCAGAGAUUUCCCCUGGAAAUUCAACCUCUGCUUGCGAAUUUUGUCGGGAAAUUCAGCGGCAGUUCCCAUAUUUCUGGAGCGGAUUCUUCGUAGAACAGAUGGAUCUGAUCUUGCUGCCUGAAUUGUGGGUGCUUUCCGCAGAUAUCUGCUGAUUCUGGAUCGGACGAACUGGAAGACCAACAUGCUGACCGCCCUCUUGAUCCCCUACAUCUUCCUGAGCCUUCCCUCCGUCCUCUUCAAGUUUCUCCGGUGGGUGGGCCUUCUCUCUAAUCCCUUCCCACCCUUCGUCCGAUUUUAGCGCUCUAAGAAGCCGUCCUUUGCCUUCUCCUCCAGAGGGGACGUCGGUAAGUGGAUCGCCUUCAUCACCGUCGUCCUGCGCCUCUUCUUCCCCCGCCGCUUCCCAGGUGAGCUCCACCCUCCUCCAUCAUCCCCCUUCGCCCUCUCUCUGUCUCUGUCUCUGUCUCUGUCUCUGUCUCUGUCUCUCUCUCUCUCUCUACUAUCAAUCUAUCUAUCGAUCUAUCUAACUAUCUAUCUAUCUCUAUCUCUCUUGGUGAAGACUGGUUGGAGCUGCCGGGGUCGCUGAUACUGCUACUGGUUGUGGCGCCGAAGAUCCUGGCGAACACGGUGAGGGACAGCACGGUGGUGGGGGCGGUGAUCUGCCUGGUUAUCGGCUGCUACCUCCUGCAGGAGCACAUCAGGGCGUCGGGGGGCUUCAGGAACUCCUUCACGAAGAAGCACGGCGUCUCCAACUCCAUCGGCAUCAUCCUCCUCCUCGUAUACCCAACCUGGUGCCUGGUGCUGAAAUUCCUCUAG